AUGCCUCUUUCACCUUUGAAAAUUAAAACCAACGUCGUCAAGAGAAUCAGCAAGGAACAUGCUGGUUACUUGAAGGAAGCUGAAACGCAGCAAAAGCGCAUCGAUAAACUUAUCGCUGAAGGUGCUGACGAAGCCGAUGUCAGAAAGCAGGCAAGUUGA